GGUAAACAAUUUUUGUUUGAAUACAUGUGCACAUCGUGUUCAUAAUUUUUACCGUAUAUUAUUUUUAAAAUAAGCGAUAUGCGACUCGUUUUCUAAAAAAAUAAAAUCAAUAAUGUCAGGGUAUUUAGAAGUAAAGUACCCUUUCAAAUCAAACCUCGGACUAAAUCCUUUCAAGUCAUGGAAGAAACAAUGGUGUAUACUCCGGCCAAGUGCGACUUGUGGCGGUGGGUCCUUGGCGGUGUACUGCAGCGAGGCGGGCGCUCCCGCGGGCACAGUGGACCUGCCCUCAGGUUGCAUUGUGAAGCGGGCAAAGUCUCGCACUCGCCCGCACGCGUUCGCAGUGUUUUCCGUUGAGGAGCCCUGCAAGCCUCGCGUGCUACUCGCCGCAACUUCCCAUCAUGAUGCGCAACACUGGAUGGACAAGAUUCGGAACUUACUGAAUACUGAAAAUUUGAUUGACGAGGGCCCGGUGAAGGACUCGUUCAGUGUGACGGUGUUGAGCACGGAGUUGUCAAAGAAGUGCGGGCUGAGCGGCGCCGACUGCUCGGUUACGGUGGGAGCUGCGGGGCUCCUGGUGGCGAAGCCCCGACGACUGGCGACAUUGCUCCCCUGGCCCCACCUAGUCGAACUGCGCCCUGACCCUGAUGAUAAGAAUAUAUGCGUGCUUACGCUUGAUAGUGGGUUCAGUCAAGGCAGCGGUGUAAUGAAGCUGUCGAGCCCGCUGGCCGGCGAGCUGGCGGCGGCGGUGCGCAGCGCGUUGCGGCGCCGCGCCCUGCCUCGCGCAGCUAAGCUCAGCCGGAGCGAAGGCGACCUCAGAAGUCGUAGAGAAGUUGAAGCUGAAGAGGCGCGGCGCAGCAGCUGGUACAGCGGACCCUCGGAGGUGUCGCUCGACGAUACAGACCUCAUUAUGUGCAAGGAGUCUCGUCCGUUCCCCGCGGGUUCGUUGUCACUGCGGGCGCGUGCGUUGCUGCACCUCGCGCCGUACGAGCACACAGACAGCAGCUACGACCGGCGCUCUCUGGUGUCGGUGGCGUCGGGAGUGUACGAGGAAAUCGCGGAGGAGCCGGCUGGGGGUGGGGGUGGGGGUGCAGCGCGGGCGAUGGCGGCAAGACGUGCACUGGACUGCGAGGAGCCCACGUAUGAGAGUGUGGCGGAGUGCCUGUACGCUACAGUGCGCCGCGCACGACGCGCCCCGCCACCACCACUGCCGCCGAGACAACAUGCGCCACUGGUGAAGCUGGGCGAGGCGUGGGUGAGCGGUGUCAGUGUGGGUGCGGGCGCGGCGGUGACACGACACAGCUCGCUCGGCUCUCUGCCACGAUACUGUCACACGCGCACGCUGCCCAAAGCACGCCAGCCCUUCAGCGUCUUCAGAAAAAGACUGAAAAGCGAUUCCCGGCUGGCGAGCUCACCGAAAUCUGAGAACUCCAAAGAAAUCAAAGACGUCGAAACGAAGAAGAAGAAAUUCGACUUCCCACCGCCGCGGGAUAUAUUCAAGAGCUUCAGAGUUAGCAGGAAGAUGAAGAACCUUAAGAUCGGCUCCGCGCUGGUGAAAGGCGAGACCAAGAGCUGUGAAUUCCUCGAUGACACGCGACACGUCGCCACCAACAGGUGCUCCAAGUCUGUGGAGUGCCUGGAGGGGGCGCCGCCUGACGAGCCGGAAGUCGACCUCUCCCUCCAGAUAGAUGAUUCAGGUCUGGCUGCGCUCGCGCUGCCGCCGGAGAUAGUGGAGCUGAUCCUGCGAGGUCGAGACCAGCUCGCCAAGCUGCGGCUGAAGGAGGUGACGGUGGAGGGUGACUACGUACCCAUGUCUCCCAUAGUACCACCUCCACCCAGCGAGCACCACUACAUCGUCAUGUCUCCUCGCACCAACCUCGUCUGAUCUAGUCCACGCUCUGUGCUGCAGUGUUACCAGCUAAUAAAGGUAUGUGAUAUUUAGUAGAAAGGGGUAGUAAUUUAUUUGGUAGAAAUUAAAAUUCGGAAAGGACUGAAUUUUAUCUGACUGUCUUUAUGUCGGAUAUUAGCUUUUUAUAUGAUUAUGACGUUUUAAAUAUGCUUUUCAUAUUUAGCAAAUGACUGACUUGUGAUGAGAUAAAGCUCAUAGUAAUAUGAUGUACUUUGAUGAAGAUGGAAGCGAAUGUUUUUGAAAUUAAACUGUGAUACAGUCUGACAUCACAAAAAAUACCACAAGGAAAAUAACAUAUAGAAAAUGUUUCUUUGUAUACAUACAAAUUAACAUGCAUAUAGAUGAAAGUUUACUAAA